AUGAGUAACACCCAGGCAAACCUUGGGAAGUUAUGGAUCUUUGAUCCAACGAAGAAUCGAUGGGCUUCUUAUGAGAGCAUGCUGAGAAGAAUCUUGGCUGCUCGUACUAUUGAAGCUGAUGGUGAAAAGAAAGUUUUUCUUUUCAACCACAUCGGUCCAGCGGCCUACGAGUCGUUAGAAGUGGCCAUGAACGGUCAAAAUAUGGACUCCAAGUCCUUCGAUGAACUCUGUAGAGUUCUCACGGGUAUCUUUGAACCCAAAGGUCUCGUUGCGUCUACGCGACACAAGAUCUUCACUGCAAAACAACUGGCGGACCAGACGUCCAAACAGGUUAUUCAGCAGGUAAAGUCGUGGUCUAUAAAGGCCGACUUUGAGAGUGUUGUGAACACUCGCGAUUUUGUCCAGGUCCAAGCAAUUAUCGCUGGACUGCAAGACAAAAAAGUCAAGGAAAAGCUCCUUGAAACUCCAAACUUGGACAUGACCAAGUUGGAGGAGAUUGUUGAACUAGUAGAAGGUUCACAAUCGGCUGCCAAAGAAAUGGCUGGCUCGAGCGCAUCCGGCACUAUCGCCAGGCUGGAUAAAAAGCGUCAAAAGAAACCCCUUUGGGGUAAAUCAGGAAAGCCUAAAGGGCGUCAAGGAACUUGCUAUACGUGCGGUUCCAGCCAGCACAUGCAGCCUUAUUGUCCAAAAAGAGGACAAAGACAGCCACCCACAAAUCAAGGGUACCAAAGACGCCAAAACGGCAGAAACAGUGGGAUCAGAGCUGUCCUACCAGAGUCUAGAUAUGAUUCUGAGGUAUCAUCCGAUGAUGAUGAUGCUUGCCUUGCCUUGGGGCAAGAAGUCGAAGUUCGUAGGGUUUCAAUCCCUCCGGUCUGGCUAAAGGUCAAAUUGAAUGACAUUGAAAUAGCCAUGGAACUGGACAGUGGAGCAGUCCGGUCAGUCAUCCCCAAACCAGUAUGGGAAAAGAUAGGUCGACCUAAAAUAUCUUCGUAUACCGGAGAACUUCAGGGAUAUGGUGGUAAACCAUUGAAUGUGCUGGGAACAGCGUAUAUUGACGCGUCCUUUGGAAAGCACUCAGUAUUGACCGAAAUGGUCAUUGUCCGAGAUAGAAAGGGUCAAGCCCUAUUCGGACGAGAUCUUAUUAGAGAUCUCAAGGUUGAUAUGGGACCUCAUGUGCAGAAUGUCAUAGAUUAUGCCAAUCAAGAAUUCACGAGAGGGUAA